AUGUCCAGUGUAACAAAACAAAAUGCCACUACUUAUAGUGCGGAAGGAAGAUUAUAUCAGGUUGAAUAUGCCAUGCAAGCUAUGAAUUUGGGAACUGCUAGCAUUGGCAUGAAAACAAAAGAUUAUGUUUUACUAGCUUCUGAAAAAAAAAUCAUAUCUAAACUACAGAACCCCGCUAGUGUUAAAAAGCACUUUAAAAUUUAUGAUCACAUAACACUUGGAUUUUCUGGAAUAUCUGCUGAUGUAAAAACUAUUGUGGAAAAAAGUCGAGAUUUUGCGAUAAAUCAUGAAUAUUUGUAUGACGAAAAUUGUAAAGUCGAGAGGUUGUUGGAAAAACUUGCAGAUUUAAGCUUAAAUUUUGAUAAAAAAGACGAUUGUAAGAAGAUUUUUAGUAGGCCAUUUGGUGCUUCUUUACUUAUUAUUGGAUAUGAUACUGAACCUAGGCUUUUCUGUCUCGAUCCUUCAGGUUCUUAUUUAGAAUAUUAUGCUAAGGCCAUAGGAUCAGGCAGUGAAGUAUUAGAAAAUAUGUUGGAACAAGAAUUUGAUCCUAGUCUGGAUUUAGAAAAUGGGCUUAAGCAUAUUUUAAACAUGUUGUCUAGAGUAAUGAAAGAAAAAAUUUGCUGUUCUAACGUAGAAGUAACUGUUAUUACUAAAGAGGGAAGUAAACUUUUAAAACCAGAAGAGAUUGAACAAUUUUUAUAA